UGUUUUUGUUUUUUGAAACUACGUACGUUCAAAACUAGUUUGAAUGCAAAUGCAAUCUUAUAAAUUAAUUAACCCUACAUCAAGAAACUAGUUUAUCUAGAUAUCACAGUUAUUUUAUAUAUAAUGAAAGUAUAUCAAGCGUUAUAAAAAAUGAAAGUAUACCAAGCAAAUGUAUAAAUGUUUUUUUUUGGCUAAAAAAUAAAUUUCAUACUUCAGAUUUUUCAAAAGAAACUUAAGCAUUGGUAUUUGUUAAUGUAUAUUCUCUUAGUUAUGGUAUCCUUUGUUUUUUCAAUAUUUAUAUUUUUGUUGUUUGUGAACUAUCUUGGAGAUCUGAUAAUUUAUGUUCUUGAUUAAAUUAUUAACUAUCUUGGAGAUCUGAUACUAGAAGAAAGGAACAAGAACAAAUGUUUUCGACGUGUGAAUGAUCAGACCAAAUCAAAACAUGAUAUCGUUUUCCAAAUUUAUCAAGGUGUUCACAUGGAGAUUUUGUUUUCAUCUUGAAGCUAAACUUCCACUCUUUAUCCACUUGUUCAUAUUACUCGUCUGAAAGAAAGAAGAUUGCAUAGGGUUCGUACUUUGAAGCGUCGUCGGAAAACUAGGGUUCGUGUUCUAUGGCGUCGUCGGAUUUCCUAGCCGUAUUCACGGUUGUAGAUCAUGUUUAUAGCAUUAAGACUUGUAGUUUUAAUCCUAAUGGUUGUCCUUUAAGAUUUUUUCACUUUUUUUGGAUCUUAAAGAACUUGUAUCCUUUCAUUUUCAUUAAUGAACAUUUACAGUUUAGCAAAAAAAAAAUUCGAGAAUGUUUCCAUAAAUAUUUGAACGUGUGCAUGUAUAUAAGGAUAUAAUAAGAAGUGUAUACACUAAAGUACUAAUCCUCACAUGCCAUGACAUAACAGAAUAAAAAACAAAUAGAGCCAGUUGAGGAAGCAGCCAAACUAGAGGGGGGCUACACAAAUCAAUGUCCCGAUUUAUCACGUAUCUUCCACCGCAGAACCAGUCAAACAUUCUCGAAACUAAAAAAUAAAAUCAUAUACUAAAAUUUAGUGAAGAUAUGAAUAACAAUCUUAACAGAAGAAUCAUUUAUUACUUGUUGUAAAAGCAGAGCUCAAGCUACAGUCUAGAUACCAUACUCUCGAGUCUCGACUGUACCCAUUAUAUUUGAUCACUGCAGAAUUCACAUGGUUACUACAUUGUCCAGAGAUAGUUGAGUCUUCACUGUAAAAGAGAAAGCAUGAUGGACUGACUGGGACAAAACAUAAGGGGUCCAUGCGGUUGGAGACUAAACAAGCAUUUUGCCUUCUAGAGAAACAAUCAUAAUCAGAUUAACUUAUAAAACAAACAGAAGUAGAAUACCAGACAUUUGUAAUAUUAUCUACUUCUAGAAUGACUAUCUAAAUAAUACAACCUAAUGGAUGUAUUGUAUGUAUUUGUUGACUUUGUUUUGUAUCCAUUAUUAGUCAAAGUGCUUCUUUGAAGAUUCCUUUCUCCUAUGGUCGAUCUCUUUCAAUAAUGGAAAAAAGAAAUGUCACUUUAUUCAUACAUGUUUAUAUAUUACACAUGCAGACCAACUACUGUCCUUCACCAUAUAAAUACAUUCUCAUAAACCUACUUUCUUCAUAUCAUCCUUUCCUCUAUUCACCUUACUCCUCUUCCAAAAUGAAUAUCAUAGUUGAACACAAUCCUUCGAGCAUAAAGUUAUCUGAGCUUGGAGUUAUGUCAUGGCCUAAAUGGUCUUGUCAGCCUGGGAAAUAUGCAUUGGUGUUUGAAGAAAGAGAGACAUGCUAUUUGGUGAAGGGAAAGGUGAAGGUGUAUCCAAAAGGUUCAUCAUCAGAGUUUGUAGAGUUUGGUGCAGGAGACCUUGUGACCAUCCCCAAGGGACUUAGCUGUACUUGGGAAGUCUCUCUAUUCAUCGAUAAGCACUACAAGUUUGAUCCUCCUACUUCUCUAUAAUGUUUCCUACUUAUGAUCUAUUUCUGGAUUAGUCUUUAUCAUCACAAAGCAAAUAAGCUUCUAUAUCCAGACAGUAAAGUAUAGAAGAGAAACCAAAAAGACAAUGCUUAGAGAAUGUACAAAGCCUUUCCUAGAUUAUGUUCUCAAAUGUGACUUCUUUGGAGCAAUGAUCAAGAAAGAACAAUGAUAUAAUAACACAAGAAAGUACAAAACUCAAGAGCUGUCCUAACAGAAUAAAGAAAAUCAUACAUAAGCUGUGUUGUGAAUUACACUGCGACACACUUUUGAAUGUCAGCAGAGGAAACAGAUUGACUUUGUUCUCGUCGUGUCACGGUCUUCUAGACCUUUGAGGAACCAUCUGACUGCGAGGUGCUCUGAAGCAUAAGUCAUGAACGAAACUAGAACCAUGGCUACUGCUAUCAUCAGACCCAACCU